AAGAUUCUAGAUCUCCUCAGCUUUUCAUCCUCUUCUUCAAGGUGUUAUCACUGCAUCUUUAAGGGGUUGUGGUCCUGGAUUCCAGAGUGGCCCGGAGAUGCAGAAGACCAGCAAGAAGAAGCGUCUCUCUUGGACCGGCGGUAACCUCACAAAAGAUCACCUCGCCGUGCACACAGACAGUAACUCACACCUUUCUCCUUCCCUUCACUCGGAGCACAGUGGUACACUGUCCAUCGCCAGCCGCAUCAGAGGGACCCAUUUCAUUUUUGGACCUGUGGGCGCAUUGACAGCUCUCCGACUUGCCCAGCUUGAGACUCAGACACAGAUCGCUCUCCAGCAGCUCGCUAUAUUGGCAUCUGUCAUCGUUGGCAACCAGUAUCACAGCAGUGAUCUUGCAGCGGUGUCGCCUCCUCAUCUUGCCCUCCUAAGUCUUUUAAAUAGACAGCGGGUGUCAACUGUGGGAUUGAAUAGCGACACGAACAGCAAAAACUCCACAUUCAUUCGGCCAAGUUUGUCUUCUGCCAUGUAUUACCAACACCCUCAGCAGCAGGGGUCACAGCCCUUUGCUAACGCUCCCAGGCCUUCUCAACAUCAGACACCUGCAAAUCAACUUCCAAAUGCCUCCAAUAUGCAGGGGAUGGGCUUCCGGUUUCCCCGUCCCACUCAACUCCCCGAUGAGCUGGAAUCUGCCCUGGCUAUCCGGGGGUCCAGAGAUAUGGACCACCGUCAAAUGGACCAUCUGAAUCAACCGGGCCAAGCUUCAGGUUCUGUGAUCGGUCAACAGGGAGGCUGUGGUUCUAAUCCCAUGUCACUCACUGCUGAUAAGCAGCCUGGCCACCAGCAAGGAGUAGACUGGUCAGGCUACCAAGCCCCAGCGAAACUGUUUGGCAAUCAGGCUGCACAACAGCAGCCCCAACCUCGGCAGUCCCACGGCGGUGGAACUGGUGGAGGAGACGGCCAUGGCUUGUACACACCGGAGAGCGCCGGGAGCAUCUUGGCCAGCUUUGGACUUUCAAAUGAGGACUUGGAAGUGUUGAGUCACUACCCGGAUGAUCAGUUAACUCCUGAUACUUUACCCUUCAUACUCCGUGACAUCCAAAUUAACAAGUCGGGCACACCGAAAACUGUGGCUUCCACUUCUACACCUACAUUUUCCCGCAACAUCCAUGAUGUGUCAGUGCAUCCUUCUGGCCCCUCACGCUCGCCAGAGGUGCCCAGCCUUCUUACCGUAACACAGACUGCAGGAAAAGUGAUUGACUACGGCCAUGCUAGUCGGGGAAACGAUGAGAGUACCCCUAGAGAGACAUUCAAAAGAGAACCACUCUCCAGUGAAAGGACUGUUAAAAUGUACCCAGCGUCGUCAUUGUCAACGGUUCAGAAGGUGGAUAAAACUGAAAGUCGGGACGUUCAAAAGGAAGCAAACAAGCACGGAGACCGGGAUUAUCGAAGGACGAGCAGCGAAAAACGCAAGAGGAGCAGGUCACCGGUGAAAAAAUUUCAAUCGUCGCCUAAAUCUCGUAAUCUGGACAGGGACUAUCGACACGAUGGAUCCAAAGCAAGGCCCUCAUCUGCAUCCAGGAACAAGGCUUCUUCAAGACCAGCUCUCUCUUCGUCUGGCUCAAGAGCACAUGGCAGCAGCAGGAAGUUCCCUACUCCUACCAUGAUAAGUGAUUUUGCGGCUGUGCCUCCAAAGGUGUAUCCCCAUACCUGCUCCCUGUGCCACGUACAGUGUGAUGAUGAAAAGGACUUGGUUGACCACAUUAACACGGUCAACCACACCUGUGCCUGCAGAGACCUGCGCAACAAGUUCCCUGAUUGGAAACCAAAUCUGCCAAGGUCAGUCGCCUCAGCAAUCCGGAGUGGCCGCUACGGCAGCCGGGCUCUGUGGCAUCCAGAAGAUGGCUCUCCAUUCCAGUCUGGAUCUCAGUCUCUGGCUCGCUCCCCGACUCCCCCCCGGGGCAAAUACCAGCCGGACGGCCGUCCCCGCCGGCCCGACGGGGCGUCGUACUCCCCCCACCGUCACCCGCGGCCUCAGCCCUACCCAGAGCGGAGCCAUCGGUUUGAAUCCCCGCUCCCCAGAUCGCACAGCCCGCCCUACAAGCCCCGGGCAGCGUCGUCCAGGGACCCGCGGCCGGAGAGGAGCAGCCGCGAAUCAGCAGGAAGUUUGCCUGGCCGGGGUGUGAAACGGCCACACGAUGAUUCCAGCAAGGCUUCUGCAUCCCAGCCCUUUCCUAAAAGCAUCAAAGCCUCGGCCAAGCCCGGAACCAAAACAGCCAAGAUGGCUGUUAAAGCUCCACCCCCCCAGAAGAAGAAGGUGGUGGUGAUCCCGGCCCCCCACGACCGGCUGGUUUAUCUGACGGGGAUUCCUGCAGACGCCUCGGAGCAGGAGCUCACCGACCUGGUGGGAUCGUUCGGAAAGAUCAAUAAUGUCACCCUCAUGCCGUGUUCGGAGGAGGAGAGUGAGAAGGAGCAGGGACAGAAGGCGUCUGUCUGCAUGAUGACGGCUGAAGGAGCUCAGGCUCUGGCUUCCUCUGAGAGCCUGAGCAUCCGAGACCAGGAGAUCACAGCUUCAGCCCCCAUGGUAACCACGUGUAAGCGCAGACACCGCAAACGAAGACACCGGUCCCACAGAGCUAAGCAUGAAUUUGAGGAAUUAUCUGAUUUCAGACCUGGCGAGGAGCAGGACAACUCUGGAGACGAGGCCGAGAAGAGCACGUUUCAGAAGGGCAAAGUGUUGAUCACAGGACUCCCUAAGGACGGCUGGUCGGAGACGGACAUCGUCCAGCUGGUCCAGCCCUUCGGGACGCCGUCCGACGUCAUCCUGGCAGCAGACGUGGGCAAGGCCCUCGUGUCCCUGCCAGACGUGGAGACGGCUCAGGAGAUGGUGAAAGUCACCGCCUUCAAACCUGCCCAGGUGAACGGGGCUGAGGUGAAGGUGGAACUGGUCAAGCAGGACGUCGGCCUCCGUCUGCCGGUGGCGCUGUACAACCUGCUCAUGGGCUCCACAGCUCUGCUGGAGAGCGCGGCCCCGGUGUCCUGGAACUCCCUCCUGGUGAUCAGGAACGUCCCCGACACGCCGUCCAGCUCUUCCCAGGUCCUGAAACUGGUGCGACGCUUCGGCACCGUCAUCAAGACUCUGGCGCUCCCCGGCAUGGUGGUGUGUGAGAUGGCCACCCCCCCCAUGGCCUUUUCCGUUUUUAAACGCUUCCAGACAUUCCCCUGCAUCAUCAACCACAACCCCCUGUUCUUCUGCCGCAAGCCGGACCCCAAAUUCCGCCUGCAGACUAAAGUCAUCGCAGCGUGUUGUGAUUCACCUGAGGUGAAACCUGCCAACGGGGAAGACGGCCAGCCUGCAGGAGCUGCAGAGGAGGAGAGAGCUGCCCAGGAGGAGCAGAGCUCUGAGCCGCCUCUGCAGGACCAGGACCAGGACGGGGGUGGAGCCCAGGGCUGUGUGGACACGGCUGGAGAGGAAUCUGCAGGAGAGAAGCAGAGCAACGUGGAGGAAGAGCAGGACAAUCCUGAUCCCUCAGCUGCACCAAGUGCUACAGUAGACUCUCACCCUGGGACUGAGAUCAGCGAGGCGGCAGCAGCAGCUGAGCCUGAGCCGGCAGAAGUGAAGCCAGCAGUCGGUGUCUCUGACGGAGAUGGGGUUCCUGCCGGGGAGACAAAAGCGUCUGACGGUGAUGAUGCAGCAGCCGUGCCCAAACUCCCGAAGAUGACUCAAGCCAUGGUCAACGCUCUGCUGGUGGAGUGCAGAACCAGAACCGCCAGCAGCACCGCGGCCCCCCCUAGCGGGGAGCAGGAGGAGGUGGCCCCGGAGCCGGGGGACAAGUCCACAGAAAAGACCAAAGAUACGGCCAAGAGCCCCGCCCAAGAAGAAGAGGGGGGGAAGAAACAGGACAGGGAGAGAACGGAGAGGGAGGCGAGGAGGGAGAAGGAGAGGGAGAGGAGGGAGAGGGAACGGAGGGCCUUCGAAAAGGAGAGGGCCCGGAGGGAGAAGGAACGAGCAGAGAAGGCCCGGAGGGAGAGGGAACGGAGAGAGGAGGAAAGAAAAGAGUGGGAGAAGAGAGAGAAAGAGAGGAGGGAGAGGAGGAGAGGUCACGGCGAGGGGCACAGGUCUUACCAGCGGUCGGAGGGCUCCAGGCACGGAUCCUGGAGGGAGGACUGGUCCGGCCUGGAGGAGGACAGCACCAAGGCCCAGGACGACCUGGAGGAUUUCCCCUUCAACAUGAGUGACUUUGUGACGCUGGAUGAGGUAGGAGAUGUGACCGACCUUCCCACCGUUCCCACGGAGACCUGCGAGGAGGCCGGUGCCCCGUCAGCGGGCCAGGACGCUCCGUCAGCGGGCCAGGACGCCCCGUCAGCGGGCCAGGACGCCCCGUCAGCGGGCCAGGACGCCCCGUCAGCGGGCCAGGACGCCCCGUCAGCGGGCCAGGACGCCCCGUCAGCGGGCCAGGGCGCUCCGUCAGCGGGCCAGGACGCUCCGUCAGCGGGCCAGGACGCUCCGUCAGCGGGCCAGGACGCUCCGUCAGCGGGCCAGGACGCUCCGUCAGCGGGCCAGGACGCUCCGUCAGCGGGCCAGGACGCUCCGUCAGCGGGCCAGGACGCUCCGUCAUCGGGCCAGGACGCUCCACAGGACGUGCCCCUAGAUGCCCCGGAGCCCCUAGACGCCACAGCGCCCCUAGACGCCCCGACGCCCCAGGAAGAGUGUGACGAGCAGCGGUCGGAGCCCGAGGGCCAGAGCACCGCAGCAGCUGAGGAUUCAAGCGGUUCGGUGGAGCCGGAUUCCACAGCUCGCCUGGACCCCGACGCCGCAGCAUCCGCUGCGCCCGCCUCUCCAGGCACAGCCCUGGGGACAGCCCCCCCGCCUGGCAUCAACCUGGAGCCCGACACGGCUGAAACGACCACGCGGGACUCCACCCCAGAGGACAGACCUCCCUCCACCCCAGGCCCUGCAGCCUCACCUGACCCUCCCUCAGGUGGGGGGACUGCUGAGAGGGAAGCGGAAAUGAAGAGCCUUCCCACUCCAGCUAGCGGCGAGGAGGUGUCGGAGGUGUCGGAGGUGUCCCAGAAACUGCAGGAGGAAGAGAACAAGGACCAGACGGAUGCAGAUGGAGACGCAGGGCAGCUGGAGACGAUGGAGCGCUGCGACGAGUCCCGGAUGGACAGCAGCACUAGGACGGAGCAGCCCCUGCCCCCCUAUGACCCCCACACUGCUGUCGGUUUGGAGUAUCUGGUUCCCAAGACGGGCUUCUUCUGUAAGGUGUGCAGUCGCUUCUUCAGCGGAGCCAAGCUGGCCGAGAUCAGCCACUGCAAGAGCUUGAAGCACUACGAGCAGCUGCAGAAAUUCCUGCAGACUUCAGAUUCAUCCAGCGCUGCUGUCAGAGUGGACUCCACCUGAAUCCUCUUCUUCGGCCUGUUUUCACCGCUCUAACUGUUUUGUUGUCAUUUCACUAUUAGGGUCCAGAUUUGCAGAUGAGUUGAUUAGUUACACGUUAUACCUCUGUUGUUGUGGUAUUUUUUUUAAUAUGUACAGCUAAGUGAAAUAUUAUGGAAUCUGGUGCAGUCUAUGACUGUCCUCGGCAAGUUCUGUGCACAUCAAAUAAAAGGCUUUUCCUGAGCUGUCUG